AUGUCUGCUAGUAAUUUCCAGCUCAGUGCCAUCCUUUCGGGGCAUGAGCAAGAUGUAAAAGGUGUUGUGGCUGUUGACUCAGACAGAAUUGCAAGCUGUUCUCGAGAUGGAACAGUUAGAGUUUGGAAGAGAGGUUACGAGGGCAUUUGGCAAAAUAACAUUGCGUACCAGUCAGAUAAAUAUGUGAACAGUCUAUGUUACGAUGCUGAAAGCCAACUUCUUUUUUGCGGUGGCCAGGAUACAUUGAUCAACAGCGUGCUACCAAGUUCUUGCGAUCUGACAUCUGAACCUACAUACGUUCUCGUAGGUCAUUCUAGCAACGUGUGUGUGCUUAAUAGUACUCAGGGCUAUGUCUUGAGUGGAAGUUGGGAUGCCACCGCUCGGGUUUGGUUUCAAGGCGCUAUCAAGGACGAACUCAAGGGCCACCAGGCGUCCGUGUGGGAUGUCAAGAUGCUGCCGCAAAUAGGCCAGUAUCUUACCGCUUCGGCGGACCAGACCAUCAAAUUGUGGCAUGGCGAGAAAACAGUAAAGACUUUUGAUAAAAUCCAUUCAGAUGUGAUCAGACAUCUCGAUAUCAACUCCACAGGAGACCAGUUUGUCAGUUGCUCCAAUGACGGCACCAUCAAGAUAAAUGAUAUGGAAGGACGUACACUUCGGACUCUAACUGGUCAUGAAAGUUUUGUCUACUGUGUGAAAUAUGCACCAAACGGCGAUAUAAUUAGCUGCGGUGAAGAUCGCUCUGUGCGAGUAUGGAGUCCAGACGGGUCUAUCAAGCAAGUGAUACGCAUUCCUGCCGUUUCGGUUUGGGAUCUGGCCAUAAUGGACAACGGGGACAUUGUUGCAGGUAGCAGUGAUGGCGUAGUGCGCAUUUUUACAAGCGAUCAAAGUCGUGUUGCCAAUCAAAAAGAAUUGGAGCAGUUUGCCAAAGAGGUAGAAGAAACAACCAUAAGUUCGCAAGCGUCUGGGUUUGACGAAUCAAAACUUUCUUCUUCUGACGUUUUGCAAAAGCCUGGGAAAGAAGGGCAAGUAGUCGUUGUGAAAAGCGCUUCUGGUGUGAAUGAGGCUCACCAGUUUUCCCAAGGCAAAUGGACAAAGGUAGGCGAUGUGAUAAGUUCGGUUGGAAAUGAUCAGAAGAAGGAAUUCGAUGGGAAAAUGUUCGACUAUGUGUUCGACGUUGAUGUCGAGGAGGGCGCUCCGCCGCUCAAACUGCCUUUCAACGCUAAUGACAAUCCAUAUCAGGCUGCUGACGACUUCCUCGCUAGAUAUGAGUUGCCAGCAAGCUACAGAGAAGACGUUGUUCGCUUUUUGAUCACGAACACAGGCGGCAUUGACCUUCAUCAAGAUAAUGCGGUGCCUCAAGCCACUACUAAUAGCAAGAGUCCGGAACCUGCACCACCAAAAACUAACAUGGCUGUGCUUCCCGUGACGACAUAUCUCGACAUAACUUCCUACAACGCCGAUGCCAUUUUUGGGGCGAUCGCCAAGCUCAACGAAAAGGAAAAGACAUUCGAUGACGAAGAUUUGGCAGCUCUGGGAGCCGGUUUGCACAAUCUUGAUGACAACUCCGAAUUACUACUCGCUCAAGCUUCCAUGAUUCGUUCAUCUUGGGAAAUUAAAACUCCUGCUUACGACAUACUACGUUUGAUUGUCAGUCGUUUACUGCAUGCUGAUGACAUCAGCGACUUUGUGGAGGAAGGUUUAGGCUCUUCGGAUUUGCAGCUAGAAAUGCUCACAAUUAGGACCCUUGCCAACGCUUUCCAGAACACGAAUUGGGGUUUAGACCUACUGUCGAAAAGCUCUGUGUAUGAGUCAGUCUUCCAAACUAUUGAUGCAAACCGCUCACAAACCGCCAAGACGGGAAAUCUAGCCAUUGCCGUCACCACUUUAAUCCUCAAUUACAGUGCUAUGAUUGUGAAGGACCAGAAAGUGGAUCUUCUUCCUACCAUAGCCGAUGCGCUAAACAACAAGUUUGGCCCUUCUGAAAUGGUCCAGAAUUCUGAAGAGGCAGCAUACCGCGCUCUUGUCGCAUACGGUAAUCUGGCUAUUAUAGAGACUACGCUUCUACAAUUUGCCUCGUCAGUAAAAUGGGUGAAGUCAGUUAAAAACAAUUACAGCCAUCUUUCUCGCUUUGAUCAGAUACUGAAAGAUCUAAACAUCGCCUAG